CAAGACGUGACCGAGGACGGUUGUAUGUCACGCGCUGCCGUAGAUCAUUCGUAAGAUGUCUUCCUCGGCGGCUUCCUCUGCUGUGACCCAUGCGCAAUACUACGAGGAAAUGAAGACAGUCACAGACAAUGUCAAUGGGUUUUUUAAGCUCAUCCCCAAAUACCUCCAAAAACUUUUGAACUUUGAAUGCGAAGAUAAAGUUGCUACCCAGACGUACAGAGCAUACAUGGAAAAAUACCGUGACGAGCCCUUCAAAGGUGUUGAAUGGAAGAGAUGUCGUGGAAAAUCUAAAAAAAUCGAUACAGCCACGUCCCCUGAUGGCUUGGACAUAAUAGCGCUGUACGCACUCUUUGAGGGCAUAUAUGCUGCUAAAAAUGACGUGAGGGACAAGACAAAAAUGCUCGAAAAAUUGCGAGCGGUCAAGGAGCCGCGGAAUAAUGCCUGUCAUGAGGAGCCAGAUAUGUACAAUUCAAAUACGUUUGAAGAAAUGAAACAAGAAAUGUUCGCUCUGCUAGAUGAAGCCAAGCAGUUUUAUGACAAAUACAAGAGUGACAUCGACUCCAUGAAACUUGAAUUGGAUCGCGAUAUAAAAACCGGCUUUUCCCCUGGCGCGACAGUUCAGAGUUUCAACUGCCACCGCAUUCUCACUAAAGGAAAAGACAUCGCAAUUGCACGCUUCCAAAAGUACAAAGAAGAAGCUCUUCAUUUUGAGGAUGGUACCGUAACUACCGUUAAAAGGCCGGAAGUAUUUCAUCCAAUUAAGGUGAUGUUGCAAGACAGGAGACUUCCAUUCCAAGACUUGUUCCAGUCUUCAUCUUCAACCGAACAAAUCGUGCUCAUUUCAGGUGAAGCGGGGGCUGGAAAAACGACUCUCCUCAUGAAUAUAAUCCUUCAUUUCACUGGAGACGAAGACUAUCUAAAGAGCUUUGAAAUCCUCGUCUACAUUGACAGCGACACCAAAAGUUUGCAUCAAGUGGCCAACGGACACUUUGGUGACGUCUGCACAGAACUAGGCUCAGAUGAAGCAGUUUUAGAGGCUCUCUCUCAGCUCCAUGUUCUGUUUCUGGUCGAUGGAUUUGAUGAACUGAACAUAAAAUCGACGACAGUUUUAUAUGAACUGUUGCAGAAGAACUGGCACCCGAACUCCCGCAUCCUGAUUACGACUCGUCCCCAGGAUAGCGGAGAACUGAAGAAGUUCCUCAGCAAACCUCACGUCCACAAGUUCUCGGCUUACAAGAUGGCGCCCUUCUCCGAGCUGUCAGAGCAGCUGAAAUUUAUAGAGCGGUAUGCACAAAGUCUUGCCGAUGACCCUGCGUCUCCACUAGCGAUGCGGAAACGAUUUGAAGAAUUUGACGCGAAAUUACAAAAAUCCUUUACAGAGCCAAUAUCUUUGGUUCACUUCUGCAUCAUUUUUAAAAAAAGCCCAGAAAAGAUUAACCAAUGGGGAAGUAUCAUCGACGUUUCCAGGGACAGACUGGAAUUAAUAAAGACCUACAUCGAAGACAAGCUUAUUAAAGUCACUCCCAACAACAAUGCUGAUCUUAUGAAAGGACUCUUCUUGAUUUUUUGUCAGUGGGCGCUGAAAUUUCUCGUCCAAAACAAGAUCACUUUCACUGCCGACGAUCGCAAUGAGUUACGGGAAACUUGCUGCAGGAAGAUCGAACAAUACGGCGCCCUACAUGUAGUCGAUGCAAAGACGAUCCUCAACGUCAUGCUGAAAGUGAGGCCAUCGAUGUCUGGGCACGCCAACGAAACCUACUCCUUCUCCCAUAAAUCUCUCCAGGAGAUAUUAGCAGCGCACUUUAUCUUCCAUAAAAUGAAGAAAAGUGCCGAACCUGUUCUCGAAAGCGUUGGAGUAACGGCGGAGACAUGCAAAAGCUUGCGUGUGGUCCUACUGUUCGUGGUGCAGGUGCUGAGAGAUGAAGAACCUGAAAUAUUCAAAAUCCACUGGCCGAAGCUGAAGGAGGCACUGUGUCACUCCGGUGUUGACUUCUUCGGCGCUGCGAUGAACUGCGUCGCACGCUGCCCUGGCGUUCCGGAGAUGGCCGAGCUCGUAGACCUGACACCGCCCGUUUACAGGUGGCGGGUUUGGAAAGGCAGCGAUGUAGCGGCGGUGGCAUCAAUUUUGCUCCAUGCGCAAGCGCGGCCACAGCGUCUGCAAGUGUGGAUGGAGGCCAGCAUUCUGAGGAAGGAAGCGGGGUCGUGGACGAAGCUAUUGGCAGCGACGUCUGGUGUGGAGGAAUUGGAACUUUGUCUCCGACCUCAUAACUCCGAUCAGCCAUACGAUGCCUACCAGUCCGACGACGACCUCAUCGAGCCGCUCCUCAACAGCGGGGUGAGACUGGUUAAGUUCGAUGGCUGCGUAGGCACCGCCGCUGGUGUGGCAGCCCUCGCCAAAGUGGGUCGUGACGCUUUUUUCAACAUCCACUUGGCGACGCCCGUAGCCCUUAGCGCCUUGAAGCCAAGAAGUCACGACUUCUUCACUGUGUGGACGCGCCCCCUUUCGCCCCUCUCUCCUAUCGACCCCAAGUGGUUGCUGCCCGCCUCUGCCCUGACAUCGCUCUUCGUGGAUGGUGCGGAUGAGGGGGCCUGGGAGGCUGCGGCCCACACCAUCUCCGCGUUCGCCUUCAUUAGGCGAAAGCAUACGAUAACCUGGUUCCGGACGCUGGUACUGAAGAACAGCAGACUGUGUAAAGCGGACCUCAGCCUCCUGGUGAAGGAACUACACCAUCGCGGCAUUAGGACGAACCACGCAAAGGAGGAGGGCACGUUCGCAGCGAUUGACAAGGACUGUGUUCACCUGAUUAUCACUGACAGUCUACCACGUGCGGGACCAGCGGGGCCGAGUGAGGUCAGAAUAGUGAAACCUUCGAGUUGGUGGUAGUGGUGGUAGACGCCUCGUCUGAUGCCUCGUCCGACGCCUCGUCUGAUGCUUCGUCCGAUGCUUCGUCUGAUGCCUCGUCCGACGCCUAUUCUGAUGCUUCGUCUGAUGCCUCGUCCGACGCCUCGUCUGAUGCUUCGUCAGACACCUCGUCUGAUGCCUCGUCCGAUGCCUCGUCCGACGCCUCGUCCCAUGCAUGCUUCGUCUGAUGCCUCGUCGAAAAAACUGUCAUGAACUUUUCAUGCAGUCAGGCUACAGGAUGCCAGACUGCAAAUGUUAAUAUGUUGAUUAAAUUCAAUUACUUAUAUGCCAAUCAUAGAUCGGUGUUCUGGAGUUCCUUACCGAACAGAAAACGAACGACUCUGUAACUUUUUUUCUUGAUGUGAUCCCUGCAAAGUAAGGUACAUAAUUUGUCCAUGGUAAUCAUUCAAUGUAAGCAAAGACCGAAUAUCAUCCGGCGCGAAUACCUAACCAGUACAACGGACAUAUGCGAUGUAGGUACACUCCCACCCAGUGAAAAUUUACAGGCGCGUCAGCUUCUGAUUCUGAGUACCAGAAGCUGGGGCGACUCUAAAUUUUGUUAGGGCAGGACCAGCAGUCGGAACGCGGUUCUUGGCUAAACGUUGGAGUAGAACUUUAAACUAAUCUAACUGUAAUGGCAUGAAUUAUUAACAUUUUAUUAUGGAUAAGGAUAUUUAUAUCUAAUUAUAAACAUUGUUCGAUAGUAAUGAUAAUUUCUUAUCGAUUCACUUGACGACUUUUAUCAACAUUCUGUAAUGUGAUGACGAGGAAAAUGCGGAAAAAAGCGUGGAUUUCAGAAUUUAUUAAAAAAUGCCAAAUUCAACUAGGGGAAUUCAGGCAUUUUAGUUCAUUAAUU